AUGCAAGACGCAAAGAAAUCAUCUGCCAGAAGGCACCCUUACAAAGGUAAGAAGGCCUUCUCAUCGACGGCUGCUCCUCGCCAUGUCGCGACUCCUGCGACCACGAUUUCACGGGUAUCAACGCCGCCUCUCAUGGCGCCGAUCCCGUUGGAUACACCGCGCUUUUCAGAUCUCGCAAAGGAGAAUUUAAUCCAUCCGGUUGUAUUGAAGACCAUCACUGAGGAUCUCAAGUUCGACCAUAUGAUGCCGGUGCAGGCUGCGACUCUUCACGAGCUCCUGGCAAACCGGAUUGAUGUUUUGGCACAAGCAAAGACCGGCACGGGCAAGACGAUAGCCUUCCUUCUACCAGCUAUCCAGACCCUCAUCAACAGGAAUAGACGACCGGGCUCAGGAACCUCGCUCCUCGUCAUUUCGCCAACUCGCGAACUGGCUAUGCAAAUUGCGAAGGAGGCUACUGCCCUGCUGAAACGGCUCCCACAGUACAAGGUGGGCAUUGCUAUCGGCGGCACAAACAAAAAUUCAGAGGAGAAGAUACUCCUGCAAGGUUGCGAUAUUGUUAUUGGUACACCAGGACGGCUUUACGACCACUUGGGCGAUGAGCGGAUCAGGGAUCGUUUCAGGAUUCUCGAUACUCUUGUCCUCGACGAGGCCGACCGACUUCUCGACAUGGGAUUCAUGAAUGCGCUCAAGGAUAUUGUCAAGUGUCUGCCAGACAAGGUGGCCACCAAUAGACAGGGCAUGCUUUUCUCUGCAACGAUCGCGCCGCACGUCGAAAAGGUGGCACAUCUAGUACUGGCCAAGAAUUACAAGUUCAUCUCUACAAUUCCAGAAGGCGAGAAGAAUACGCAUGACCGUGUUCCACAGCAUCUCAUCGUCGUUCCCAACUUCGCCGAUGUUGCCGCGGCGCUGGUAGGUUCGUUACGAGCGGAAAUUGCUCUUGAGGGUGCCAGCACAUUCAAAACUAUCAUCUUUGCACCUACCGCAGCGCUGGUAGAUUUCUAUGGUGCCAUCCUCGAGGCCAUGCCCAACAUACCCAAGGUUAGCAUGCUGCACUCUCGAUUAAGUCAAGGCAAGAGGACAAGUGCGACAAACGCCUUCCGUGAAGCAAAGAGCGGGAUCCUGGUUGCUACUGAUGUGGUUGCGCGGGGAAUGGAUUUCCCACUUGUUACCAACGUCUUCCAGGUGGGCAUACCUGCGGAUAAGGAAUCAUAUGUCCAUCGGUUAGGACGAACUGCUCGAGCUGGCAAGGAAGGUAGAGGUACCUUCAUCGUCACCAGCCAUGAAACCUUCUUCCCCCAGUGGACGCUGAAGGAAAUCACGUUUGAGAAGACCGAAGCGGACCUCAGCGCUAAGGAUGCUGUGAGAGAUGCAGCGGAGAGAAUGGAUAACCAGGCAAGGACCUAUCAAGGCUGGCUCGGAUAUUACAAAGCCCACACCAAGCCCUUGAACUGGGACACUGCCAGACUCGUUGAGGAGGCCAACAAAUUCGCGCUUGAGGGACUGGGUGCUCCGGAAGUGCCCACGAUCAGCAAGAGCACUGUUGGCAAGAUGGGAUUGAAGGGCGUGAGGGGUCUAAAUAUUGUGGCCGAUCCGCCGAAAGUAGGUAGGCCAAAGGGCGGCGCAGGUGGUGGAAGGGGCGGCUCAGGCGGUGGUGGAGAGGGCCGGUCGGUCGGGAACGGCGGGCGAGGCCAACAGUCAUGGGGUAGGUAG